AGCUUCUCCGCCUUCAUCAUGUGAUUCGCAUCCCUUGAAAAGCACGUGGGGAGAAGGAUCUUCCGGGUCGCAAUGCUGCAAAGGAUAGCGCACCCAUUGCGGCUGGGAUGCCAUGUGCUCUCCAUGGCUCGGAGCCUACACCAGUCUCCCAAGAGCCACAUCCCCCUCAUCCCCAUUGUAGUGGAGCAAACGGGUCGUGGUGAGCGAGCCUAUGACAUCUACUCUCGCCUUCUGAGAGAGCGCAUUGUCUGUGUAAUGGGCCCGAUCGAUGACGGUGUAGCAAGCUUAGUCAUUGCACAGCUGCUCUUCUUGCAGUCAGAAAGCAACAAGAAGCCUAUCCACAUGUACAUUAACAGCCCAGGCGGUGCAGUGACAUCGGGGCUGGCCAUUUAUGACACCAUGCAGUACAUCCUGAACCCCAUUUGCACAUGGUGUGUGGGCCAGGCUGCCAGUAUGGGCUCACUGCUGCUGGCAGCCGGCUCUCCAGGCAUGCGCCACUCUCUGCCCAACUCCCGCAUCAUGAUCCACCAGCCCUCUGGGGGGGCACGGGGCCAGGCUACAGACAUCGCCAUCCAGGCGGAGGAAAUCCUUAAGCUGAAGAAACAAAUCAACAGCCUCUAUGCCAAGCACACAAAGCAGAGCCUGGAUGUGAUUGAAACUGCCAUGGAGAGAGACCGUUACAUGAGCCCCGUAGAAGCCCAGGAAUUUGGCAUCUUGGACAAGGUGCUCGUCCAUCCUCCGCAUGAUGGAGAAGAUGAGCCAGAGCUGGUUCAGAAGGAGACUCCCCCUGUACCUGCUCCACCCUCCUCCUCUUCCUCUUCCUCCACAGCUGAGCCCUGAGGGAUCAGCAGCCCCAGUCUGGAUGCAGGUUGCAUCAGGGAUUAUUCCAGCAACAUCAGCACGUUGAUGUGGGAGUGGUGCUUCCCCCACAGUCUGGUCGGUUGGACUCCUUGGCAUUACCUUGGCCUGUUGGUGUUAGUCAACCUCUACUUCAUGAGUGCUCCCCUGGUAGCUGGCCAGCUAGGUUUCUAGGAGCUGGUCUCGUUGACUGUCACACUUCAAGAUCACACACAUAGCAAGGUGUUUCCUCCCUGCAGUUGUUUAAUAGAGUGAUGAUUUUAAAUUAAACUUUGACUUCUGUGUG